UCCAUCCAUCGUCAGUCAGCCAUAGUUCCUCUUUCUUGUCCAAUUCAGCUUCAUCAUGGCUACCCUGAACAUAUUGCUGUUUUGCCUUCUUGCAAUCUUCUCUUCCUUGCACACUCCCGCUCCAUGCUCCGCUGCAAGUGGGAAUAAUGAUACUCUCACUGCAGGCCAAGCGCUCGCUGUCGGUGACAAGCUCGUCUCGAGAAACGGCAAGUUCGCGCUCGGUUUCUUCCAGCCAGGCUCAGGCAUCACCAGUAAGUACACAGACAUUAACACCACCAACUCCCCUGGCUGGUACCUCGGCAUAUGGUUUAAUAGGAUCCCUGUUUUUACCGUUGUAUGGGUUGCUAAUAGGGACAAGCCAAUCAGCAAUCCCAAGCUCAACCAAACACAGCUGAAAAUCUCAGGAGAUGGCAAUCUUGUCAUCUUAAACCAUGCCACUGAAUCCAUAAUCUGGUCCACUAACAUUGUCAAUAGGACACAAACCAGCAUCAUAAACACCACCGCCAUUCUCUUCAACAAUGGAAACUUUGCCCUCAUGGGAAGCCCAUCUAGUGCGGUACCACCGUUGUGGCAGAGCUUUGACUACCCAACAGAUGUUUUUCUUCCUGGCGCCAAGUUUGGCCGGAAUAAGGUCACCGGUUUGAAUCGCCAAUACAUCUCGAGCAAGAACCUGAUUGAUCCUGGUCUUGGCUCAUACUGCAUUGAACUUGACACUAAUGGGGCAAUGCUCCUAAGGAGCCGUAACCCCUCUGUAGUGUAUUGGUCUUGGUCAUCAGGAAGUUCAUUACUUGUACCACUAUUCAAGACGAUGCUAAACAUGAAUCCACAAACCAAAGGGUUGAUUAGCCCCGCAUAUAUUGAUAACAAUGAAGAGGAGUACUACACAUACACCUUAGUGGAUGAAUCAUCUUUGAUAUUCGCCUUACUAGACAUGUCUGGUCAGAUCAAGAUGAAUGUUUGGUCACAAGCCAGACAGUCUUGGCAAACAUUAUAUGCCCAACCUGCUGUUCCCUGCACUGCGUAUGCUACCUGUGGACCUUUCACAGUCUGUAACAGCAAUUCAGACCCAUUCUGUGACUGUAUGAAAAGCUUCUCUCUGAAAUCGCCUCUGGAUUGGGAGCUUGAUGACCACACAGGCGGGUGUGUCAGAAAUACUCCCUUAGAUUGCAGUGUUAAGGAAAACACAACAAGUUCAACAGAUAUGUUCCAGCCCAUAACUCGUGUUACAGUGCCCUAUGACCCCCAAAGCAUAGAAGAUGCUACCACCGAAAGCAAAUGUGCAGAAGCUUGUCUCGGUGACUGCUCCUGCACUGCUUAUUCCUAUAACAGCAGCAGAUGUUAUACCUGGCAUGGGGAAUUGCUUAAUGUAAAACAGAAUGAUAACAUUGACAACACCUCAGAAGAUGUUCUUUACCUUCGCCUUGCCGCCAAAGAUGUGCAAAGUGUGAGAAAAAACAAAAGGAAACCAAUUGUUGGAGUUGUUAGUGCUGCAAGCAUUAUUAGUUUUGGGUUACUAAUGCUCAUUCUGCUGUCAAUGAUUUGGAGGAAGAAAUUCAAAUGUUGCGGUGCACAAUUAGACAGCAGUCAAGGUACUGGUGGCGGAAUUAUAGCCUUUAGAUACACCGACUUAGGCCAUGCUACUAAAAUUUUUUCAGAAAUACUGGGAGGAGGUGGUUUUGGUUCUGUGUUCAAGGGGGUGUUAAGUGAUUCGACUGCUGUAGCAGUGAAAAGGCUUGAUGGUGCCCGUCAAGGAGAGAAACAAUUCAGGGCUGAGGUGAGCUCAAUUGGAUUGAUCCAACAUAUUAACCUUGUCAAAUUGAUUGGUUUCUGCAGCGAAGGUGAUAAGAGGCUACUUGUGUAUGAACACAUGGUAAAUGGGUCUCUUGAUGCACGUCUAUUUCAGAGCAAUGCUACCAUCCUAAAUUGGAGCACUAGGUAUCAGAUAGCAAUAGGAGUUGCUAGAGGAUUGUCCUACUUGCAUCAGAGUUGCUGUGAGUGCAUCAUACAUUGUGAUGUUAAGCCAGAAAACAUACUUCUCAGUGCAUCGUUUGUUCCAAAGAUUGCGGACUUUGGGAUGGCAGCAAUUGUAGGAAGGGAUUUUAGCAAGGUUCUGACUACAUCAAGAGGAACUAUAGGGUAUCUUGCUCCAGAGUGGCUUAGUGGAGUUGCUGUUACACCGAAAGUUGAUGUCUACAGCUUUGGUAUGGUAUUGUUGGAAAUCAUUUCAGGAAGGAGGAACUCACCUAACCAAGUAUACACUAGCAGCAGCUACCAUGUUGCUUUUUUCCCUGUACGAGCUGUCAGCAAGCUUCAUGAGGGAGAUGUGCAGAGUUUAGUGGAUCCACAAUUACAUGGCGACUUUAAUUUGGAAGAGGCUGAAAGGUUUUGCAAAGUUGCAUGUUGGUGCAUCCAAGAUAAUGAGUGUGAUCGGCCGACAAUGAUUGAAGUGGUCCGGGCUCUUGAGGGCCUACAUGGGCUUGAUAUGCCCCCGAUGCCAAGACUACUUGCAGCUAUAACAGAAUGCUCUGAUGGAGCUUCAAUGUUGUAAUUUGCAAAUACUUCGUAGUUAGCAGCAAUGUUCAAAUUUCUAAUGUGGAUUGGAAGGAAUAAAGCAAGGUAGACUUUCACUUGUUAAAUUGUGCAUAUGAUGGGUCUCUUUUUUUUUAUUUUUGAAUGACCC